CGUCAGUACGGUUAUAGGUCUCGUAAGAGUCAGUUCUCAGGCAGCUGCCAAGAAGCGCUUGCCAAUCAACCAAAUAAAUUCGUUAGCUGAUCGAUGGUCGAUGUAACUGCCAUUUAGCAAGAAAAGGCAAAGAGAAUAAGAACACACACAGGAUUUUGUGAUCAGUGCUCUCAGCUUGGGAUCAUGUACAUAUAUCCGAGCUCACCUGAAUCAGCGUCGUCCUUGCAAUCCGAAGAAAGUGCUGCCGUCAAGAUCCAAGCUGGCUUUCGCGGAUAUCGUGUCCGCAAGCAGUUGUACCGUUCGAAUAAACCUGUUAACACCAAUCGCAUCAGUGGCAACACGCUUUCCUCCCAGCGAUUCUCCAGCGGUCGACGUCAGCAACACUCGCAGUCAUCACAGCUCACUCGCACUCACAGCAACAUCCUGAUGGAGGAGAGAAGAAAUAUCCAAAAAACGGCUGUUGAUGGACAGCAAGUUCCUGCUGCGUCAGCGGAUGUGGCGUCCAUUGAAGAUCGCUGUGCCACAAAGAUUCAAGCCGGAUUCCGUGGAUUUUUGGUGCGAAAAAAGCAAAAGAUUGCAACAGAUGCGGCUGUCAAGAUUCAGUCGAGUUUCCGUGGAUUCAAAGCACGCAAGGAGGCCGAAAAAUUAAAGCACUCUUAAUUUAAUAUACUCUUAAUGUUAAUCACUUUGCAUACACAAUUCGAAUAAUGAGUGUUUGUGGAGUCCAAUUAAAUACAUUCAAUCUUGUAAAUAGUUAGCAGUAGUUGAUAGUCACCAGAGAAAAAGAAAAUAAUAAAUAUACAUACUAUAUACACGCCACCAA